GGUGCGUCAGGCAGCGGCCCGUGCGGGCUGCAGCAAGCUCACCUGCUGCAGGUGCUUCAGGCGGAUCUGGACGAGCAAGCACUGCCGCUGCGGGAAAGAUGCUGCGCGAUCGGACGGUGCGGCUGCUGUAUGGGAGCCGCGUCAAGGCGGUGUACGUGCUGGGCACGCACCUCUGGAUCGACGUCUACAGUGCCGCCCCAGCCGGGGCCCAAACCUUCAGCCUGAAGCACUCGGAGCACGUGCAGGUGGAGGUGGUGUGUGACGGGCAGGCCGAGGAGGUGGUCACCAACGGCAAACAGCGCUGGCCUCUCUCGCCCAGCACCACACUCAGACUCACCAUGAGCGAGGCCAGCACCGAGGCCAGCAGCGACAAGGUCACCGUCAACUACUAUGAGCAGGAGGGGAACGCCCCCAUCAACCAGGCUGGGCUCCUCCUGACAGCCAUUGAGAUCUCCCUGGAUGUGGACGCAGAUCGGGAUGGCGUGGUCGAGAAGAACAACCCGAAAAAGGCGUCCUGGACCUGGGGCCCCGAGGGCCAGGGGGCCAUCCUGCUAGUGAACUGUGACCGAGAAACGCCCUGGCUGUCCAAGGAAGACCUCAGAGACGAGAAGGUCUACAGCAAAGAAGACCUCAAGGACAUGUCCCAGAUGAUCCUACGGACCAAAGGCCCGGACCGCCUCCCCGCGGGAUACGAGAUCGUCCUCUACAUUUCCAUGUCAGACUCGGACAAAGUGGGCGUGUUCUACGUGGACAAUCCAUUCUUUGGCCAGCGUUACAUCCACAUCCUGGGCCGGCAGAAGCUCUACCACGUGGUCAAGUACACGGGUGGCUCUGCGGAGCUGCUGUUCUUCGUGGAAGGCCUGCGUUUCCCCGACGAGGGCUUCCCAGGCCUGGUGUCCAUCCACGUCAGCCUGCUGGAGUAUAUGGCCGAGGAGAUUCCCCUGACGCCCAUCUUCACGGACACCGUGAUCUUCCGGAUUGCUCCGUGGAUCAUGACCCCCAACAUCCUGCCUCCCGUGUCCGUGUACGUGUGCUGCAUGAAGGACAAUUACCUGUUCCUGAAAGAGGUGAAGAACCUGGUCGAGAAAACCAACUGUAGCCUGAAGGUCUGCUUCCAGUACAUAAACCGAGGGGACCGCUGGAUCCAGGACGAAAUCGAGUUUGGCUACAUUGAGGCCCCCCACAAAGGCUUCCCUGUGGUGCUGGACUCCCCCCGAGACGGAAACCUGAAGGACUUCCCAGUGAAGCAGCUGCUGGGCCCAGAUUUCGGCUACGUGUCCCGGGAACCCCUCUUUGAGCCUGUCACCAGCCUUGAUUCCUUUGGGAACCUGGAAGUCAGUCCCCCAGUGACCGUGAAUGGCAAGACAUACCCGCUGGGCCGGAUCCUCAUCGGGAGCAGCUUUCCACUGUCUGGCGGUCGGAGGAUGACCAAGGUGGUGCGGGACUUCCUACAGGCCCAGCAGGUGCAGGCGCCCAUAGAGCUCUACUCAGACUGGCUGACUGUGGGCCACGUGGACGAGUUCAUGACCUUCAUCCCCAUCCCGGGCACAAAGCAAUUCCGGAUGCUCAUGGCCAGCACCUCGGCCUGCUACCAGCUCUUCCGAGAGAAGCAGAAGGAAGGCCACGGCGAGGCCAUCAUGUUUAAAGGCUUGGGCGGGAUGAGCAACAAGCGGAUCACCAUCAACAAGAUUCUGUCCAACGAGAGCCUCGUGCAAGAGAACCAGUACUUCCAGCGCUGCCUGGACUGGAACCGUGACAUCCUCAAGAAGGAACUAGGACUGACGGAGCAGGACAUCAUCGACCUGCCGGCUCUGUUCAAGAUGGAUGAGGGCCGCCAGGCCAGAGCCUACUUCCCAAACAUGGUGAACAUGAUCGUGCUGGACAAGGACCUGGGCAUCCCCAAGCCCUUCGGGCCCCAGGUGGAGGAGGUGUGCUGCCUGGAGACGCACGUGCGCUCCCUGCUGGAGCCACUGGGCCUCUGCUGCACCUUCAUCGACGACAUUUCCGCCUACCACAAGUUUCUGGGAGAAGUGCACUGCGGAACCAACGUCCGCAGGAAGCCCUUCCCCUUCAAAUGGUGGCACAUGGUGCCCUGACCCGCGGGGCUGCUGCGUGCCGGAGUCAGCCUGCCGAGACCAGUGCUGUGGCUGGGCCGGCCCUGUGACUCUUACGAUUGCGAGAAGCCCUUCCACGAUAACCAUCAAGAUACCGCACAGAACAAAAACAAGGAAGUUUAUGACUCACAGGACCUGGAAAUUACAAAGCACACGGGGGCCACACAGCGAGGUCGUGGGGGGAGAGAGAGAACACCCGGGCCUGGGGUUCUACUUUUAUCGGGGUUGGGGGUGGGGGCCUAGUUUCCCAGGCUUACCCUUUAUGGGAAAAUUUAAAACAUAAGAGGGGAAUUUUAAAGCAGGGAAGAGGAAAAACACACUCCCCAAAUGGUCAGCUAUCAAACUCAACCAAGAUCUCUACCCCAAAGGGGCCUGCGGGGAAGGGGUCAGGUGCGUGGCUGGCAGUGAGAUUCUUUGAGAUAGACAUCUUGAAAGUGGACGCUUCAGCCAGGUACAUGCAUUAUAAAAAAAAAAAAAAAAGGAACCCGGCUCUCAGGGCUGCACUACAGGGGACUUGUCACCUCCCUGCUUUCCUGAGUUCUGUCCUGGGGCCUCCGCCUGCCUGACCGGAUGCACCGGGAGACCUUUAGGAACUGAGGAGGGAUUUGGGAUAGCUGUGCCUUGCCCUUCCUCAAAGACCCUCAGCGUCCACUGAAGUCCCCCCCAAUGAGCCUCAGCUCUGUCCUCCCUGAAAAGUAGCUGGGCAUUUGGUCAGUAGCACUAUAGCCCUGACAUGAAAAGCAAAACAAAACUUCAAAACACCCAAAUCAUUCCCCAAAGAAGCCUUGGUCUCCUGUCCAAAACUGAAUGAAGUUGAAGGGAAGGAGGUUCAGGGCUUGCCAGUUCCCCUGGUAGCCAUGCCCUGAAGGUCAAGGUAGACCACAUGGAAAGGGACCCUGGGACCCUGAUGUACCUUGACCUGCCAUCACCGUUUCAAACUCACCUCCUUUGGGGUUCCGGGUGGUUGCCCAAGUCAUUCACUCCUUACCAGCCUCUCCCAGCCCCUCCCGCUUGGCUUUCUGUCUGCGGUGUUGACACCAUGGCUUAGCCUCCCCAUUCCCGGGGGGGGGGGGGGGUGUCCAAUGAUGUCACUUAGAGCCUCCCCUGGAGCAGAUUUUAUCACAGCAGCCUUCUCCACUUUUGAGAUGCUCCUUGUGCCUCAUCUUUCUCAUGGACACAGGCUCUCCCAGGUGCUCAGAGGGUUCUCCCCAGACCAGCACCCUUGUGGCCUGAGAAUUCAGCGCGCAAAGAGGCCCUGGGGUCAGCCAUACAAAUCUUCUCUUGCCUGCUUCUCAGUUCUAGGGCCGGGCUCCAACCUCCCUCCUCUCAGUGCCCCUGCUUCCGAUUCCUGAUGCUGGCCCCUCGGGCAGCGAGACCAGGACUUCCUCACCACGAGGACUCCCCCCAGGAUAUGGUUAAAAGCCUCCUCCCCAGACAUCAGACCCAACAAGGAGGACCUGGCCUAGCCUCCAGCCAGAGCAGCCGAGUCUGGGCCAGCUGCUGGCCUUAGGGAUAAAUUGGUCAUCCCACGGAAGUGCACCAGCGAGUCUGCCGGAGACCCUCUCACUAGAACCUAACUAACAAAAGCUCCUUCAGGGUCAGCCUGUGUCAGGAGAAUAAAUGAGUCCCAAUUCCACGUUGAAGGUCAAAACGAACCAAUUUAUAACCAGCAAAAAGAUAAUAAAGUUGUAUUCUUGGGAGAAAUGGAUUUUUCUCCCCAGGUUAUUUCAUUUAGUCAUUGAAUAAACAUUUGUUUUGUGCCUACUAAGCGCCAGGCACAGUGCUAGGGUCUGAGGACUCCGUGGUUAGCACCAAGCUGGACACGUGGAGCCCCUCAGUUCCCAGCAUGCCACGCUCACACUUGAACGGCCAGCAUUUACCCUUUCACGAAGUGCCCUUUAGAAGUGCCAGGCUGCUGUAUUCAGAAAAUAAUAUACAUUCAGGUCCCAGCACCUUCUGCAUUCAGUCUCAGUGAAAUGGGAGGUAGAGGGUCUUCAUUAAACAGACCUGCUUCCCAUCCAGCUGGGCCGGGACCACCCAACAGAUCAGACUCCUGAGCCUUCAUAUGCUGUGCCCCCCAUGGGGACAGUGGCCCCUGCCUUAGGGGAACAAAGCCCCAGAGCUUCUCUCCAACCCCAGAGCUGGAGACACCAAGUGCCUAUGUGAGGGUGUUUUUUUCCGGAGACUUCGAGUUUGUCGUGUGUGUUUGGUUAAUGUGGGUUUUUGGGCUUGCUUUGGUUUCUUUCUAGCCUAUCUUAAGGGGAAGUGAGUGCCUCCCAUGUGGAAACUGUGUGUGUUUAUAGAUUUUUCUGAAGCUUUCCCCAUCGAUAAGUCAGUAAUUCCUGGUGACGCUGGAACCAUUAGGGCUCAGACGCCCACUCCCACUUGUUUGCCCACCCGUGUGACUGCCCAAGGUAUAGACUCCCCCCCAACGCCACAAAUUCAUUGCUCUUCCUUACCCCCCCACCACUUCCUAUAAAUGUAGGCCUAGAAUAUACUCUGUCUUGCAAAACUCAGCAAAGUUCCUGUUUCGAUCUUUAUUUUGAAAUACUCUAUAUAAGAGGGCAGGGCUGUCGUGAAGUUGGAACAGUUCCAACCCUCUGGACGAGAGGCCAUGAAUCAGAUCAAAGAUGGGGAGAAAGCACUAGGUACAGCAGCAAUGAAAUGAACGGUUGGAGGGGAAGUCACGUGGCUGCGGUGUGAGGUUCGCCGCCACUUCAUGGGCACAGCCUAGAGUGAUGCAGGCUGUACUCUACGACUCUGCCCUCUGGGCACAGGGUCCGGGCUCUCAGCAGGGCACGUACCUCAAGCACUGGGAAUCCCCCGCAUAUUCGGGGGAUGUGUGUCACAUGGCCACCACCCAAGGUCGAAACCAACACCCACACUGAGGUCUGACUGUGUUUUUGUGGAAUUCCGCAGAAGCAGACCCUGAAAUGAGCAUUUGAGACCAGUGAUUUAUUAAGGAAGUAUGUCUAGGAGAAACCAGGGAGCAGCGGGGAAAGGGAGCAAGAUGGGAAAAGAGAAGAAGCCAAACAAGAGUGUGAUUUCAGCUGCAGCUCAGCCUGCCCAGUGGAGAGCUCUGGAGCCUAAGAGGCAGCUCAGAGUUCUGGUGGCUGCAGCUGGAGUUUUGUGCACCUGCACCAGCUGAUCGCUGGCUGUGAGAACUUGCUCCAAAUGGGCACGGGGCACUCGAAGCCCACAGGUAACCAUCUAGAGAGCACCACAGCUGUAGUUAUUAGCAGCAAAGUCACAGGAGCUGGGGAUGAGCUCACAAAACCAGAAGAGGAUCUGGGUAGUGCUCUGAAUGUAUCCACUGCUCUGGGUAAUACCAUGUUCUCAUAAUAUGCAAUCAUCACUCAUAGGUGUUUGUGAUUUGACCCGGGGUAUAAAAAUCCAUACAGCAUAGCCAUAGUAUAACAGGAUCUUCAUGAACAAACUCCUGGGGCCCUGAAAUAGAGUCACCUGUUUGCUUGCUGGGCCUAGAAGCCACUUCCAAGCCCAUUGCAAUAUACCUGGUGGCUUCUUACCCCUUAGUUCCAUCUUGGGCUUCUGGAUUGAUGUUCUGCUGCAGCCACAUUAAGGGGCCACAGCAAAACAAAACUCACUAGUCUCUUACUCCCAGACUUAACUCAUGGGUCCAGCCCUCUGAGGUCACUCUUCUCUUUUGUACCCAACUAAUGCGACCCAAGCCACAGCAAGGCCAAAUCAAUCUUCAAUGGGCUUUCCUGACCCACCUGUUCCUGAGAAUCCCCGAGGGAUGCUGGUGUGUGAAAUCCAUACUGGUGGUGUCUUUGCAUUUGGCCACUCAUCUCAGAAUAGGCGAAAGCCACCCAGAGACUUCUAGAAUAAUAGUUUCCACGAGAAACAUACUGCAAGACACAUAGGUCAUUUAAAAAUGUUUAGUAGCCACAUUUUAAAAAGUAA